AUGAGUCAGCAGAAGUUUGCUUCUAAUGUGGUGGAGAAGUGCUUAACUUUUGGUGGUCCUGAGGAGCGUCAACUUUUGGUGAAUGAGAUGCUUGGUUCCACUGAUGAAAAUGAACCCUUACAGGCAAUGAUGAAGGAUCCAUUUGGAAACUAUGUUGUACAAAAGGUUCUUGAGACCUGCGAUGACCAGAGCCUCGAGUUGAUUCUUUCUCGCAUCAAGGUUCAUUUGAAUGCCUUGAAGAAGUACACAUACGGUAAACAUAUAGUUUCUCGAGUUGAGAAGCUGAUCACAGCUGGAGAAAGGCGCAUAGGGUUCUCGGUCUCCUUCUCUUCUUAAGGUAUCACAAUUUAGAACAAGACGUUUUUCCUCAACCGUCACCACCACCACCACCACCGAACACUUUGUACAGCUAACAUGGAUUUGAUCAAGCUAUUAUCUGGAGCCCUUAUAUUCUAGGAGACUAUAGUAGUAGUUUGUAAGUAAACACAAAAAAUAGCCGGCCCACUGGAAUAAGAAAAUUUUCCUACAAUAUUAACUGCAAAGACUCCAAACUCCAAAGAGGCGCCAUCUUAGGAAGCCGAGAUCAAAGAGAAGGCACAAUAUAAUUUCCUAGCCUUUUCGAGAUUACUUGUAUAAGCUUCAUAGUUUGUAUAGCAAAAUUAGUUGUAAAUGGUAAAUCACAAUGUCAAGAGAGAGGAUAUUAGUCCAUAUUAGGUUUGAGUCUUUGUUACAUACAUAUGUCAAUUUUCUUGAGAUAAAUAAUUUUGCUUUCUUUUGGCUGU